GGGGAGACGCUUCCUGCUGAACGGUAAAGAGAAGAAGGACGAGGAGAGGGAGGAAAACCGUAGCGGGUGGGAGAAGGCGAGCGCAAUAGUGAGGGAGAAGGAAGGAAGCGUCAGGAGGAGAGGGAGAAGAGGAGGAGAGGGAUUUGUCAUAGAGAAGGCGCUCUCCUGCCCCAUGGACGGAUAGUAGGAGCGGGUAGCACGGCACAGGGACACCACACCACCGGCUCUUCACAGGCAGCUGCUCGGCCACCAGGAGGAUGCAUCUUGCCUUUGGACUUCUCCAUGGCGCAGGGCUGCUGCUCCUCGUCUCCCAGGCUGCUCUGGCUCAACGAUGGCGUAAGGAAUUCGAAGAUGAAAAACCAUUUGAUCUAGAAAGUUCUGGAGAUGAUGAUUUCCUUGAUGAGGACGAUACAGAUGAUGUCUAUUCUGGAUCAGGAUCCGGUGAUUUUGAGAUGGAGUCCAGGCUGGAUUUUGGGGUCAGAUUCACUACAGAAACACCCAUUGCUCCUCCAACAGCCACAGCACUAAAACCAGCACCUACAGUAGACAUACUUCCUUCUGUACAGACAACUUGGCUUCCUCCUACAACACAAGCAACUUUAGUACAUCGACACCACCAAUGGGUUCUUCUUGAAGCUCCAGAAACACCAUCCAUAACUGCUGCACCUACACCGACUAUACCUACCAAAGAAGCAGCAACUACUGCUGCUGUAACCACAGCUACAGCCAGAACAACUGAGGUACGCCGAUUACAGCCUGUUAUAAUAGUUUCCACUUUAACAACAAUAAUGCCUACUACAACAGAGGAAGAAACCAAGGAAUGGGAUGAUAUUUCUGAAAGCUUUGGGACUACUCCAGAUCAGGGAAGCAGCCAGCAGUGGCCUACUCAAGAAGACAUAACAAUACAGUCAACUGUUGUAGAUGACAGUGAAAUAGAGGAUUUGGAAGAAGUGACUCCAACUCAACAACCACAGACAGACAGCUGGGAGGUGACAAUAGCUACUGCUCGUGAUACUGAUAUAGAGGUACCAGUGAGUGGAGGACCAAGUGGUGACUUUGAGAUCCGAGAGGAGGAGGAAGCAUUUCAUACACAGCCACCCACAGUACUUGAUCUGGGCAAUGAAGUAUUGCCACCUGGCACAUCACCCACUGAUCAUGGUCGAGAAAGAAAGUUAGAUACUGGUCUUAUUGACAACACUAUAGAUUCUGGGAAUACCCUGGCACAGAUGCCUCAAAAGAAUAUUCUGGAGAGAAGAGAAGUGUUAAUAGCGGUGAUAGUAGGAGGAGUGGUCGGAGCCCUUUUUGCUGCAUUUCUAGUGAUGCUUCUGAUUUACCGUAUGAAAAAGAAAGAUGAAGGGAGUUAUGCCCUGGAAGAGCCCAAACCGGCCAGCGUUUCCUAUCAAAAACCGGACAAUCAUGAGGAAUUCUACGCAUAAUAGAGGGAUGUGUCGUCCUCUUCUCCCUUUUCCGAUUCUGAUGAUCAAUGAGCCUGUGGACGGAUCUUCCUUUCAUGGCCCUGUAUGUGGGCUAUUUUUCAUUUUUAAGUCACAACUACCUGAAAGGUGGUCAUAUAAAACAUGGCCAGAUCAGGACACCUCACCACUCUGGAAACAAACAAAAAAAACUCCUGAUGUGGGUUUCCUACUUCAUCCAUUCCUCUUUGCAUUUGUACACUGUAAAUGGCCGCAACUGCCAGGUGCUUUCUUGAGGGUUCUUUUACGAUGCUUGACUGAUAACGUUGUGGCCAUCACGUAGCAGAUUCGGGACCCACAAAAGCACAAGGGAUACCUUUUAUUUCACCCUAAAUUGCAGUAUUUGCAUAUGCUAGGAAAUAUUUUCUGCAGCCCCAGAUGGCAGACGUUUUUUUUUAAAAUAAGAUUUCCAAAGUAGGAAGUUUAUGUACAUGCUAAAGGGAAUUUGGAAUGUUGUAUAAAAAUCCUAUAAAUAUCUUUAUAUUAAACCUAUACAAGUUAAUUUCUAGUCCGACCACAGGCUCUGCCGGUAAGCUGUAAAUACAAUCUGGUGUAAAUUAAGAAAUUUUAGGGAGUCUUACUAGAAAAACAAGAACUUUUUUAAACAUUUAAACAAAACAUUCUCCAGCAAAUAUACUUAUGUGGAAAACAAGACUAAAAUAGGAAUCAUCUUUAGUGAUGAAAUGGUACUGUGGUAAUAAAAGGAUUAGUGUUUUGGUUAAAUGUAGUGCCAUAAAAAGGGACUUGGUUCAAAUGUUCUUACCUCGAGGUGAAAAAAGCUUCAAUCUCAUGAGGUACAAUUCUCUUUUUCUAUGGUUACUCUUGUCCCCAUCAGUUCUGAAACCUCUUCUUUAUUUACUUAGAGGUGCAUUAAAGUAUAAUUAAACGUUACACAGUAAUCUCUAAAGAAAAACAAAACAAAAAAAUGCUCAACAAACAAUAUUAUUGUAUUAUUACACCUGGAAAAAUUCUCUCAUGCCUUUAUUUGUUAUUUAUAUGCAGAUGAGUGCAUAUGUAAUUGAAAGGUAUUUUGAACCUGAAUGGCAAUUUUGUCCAAGCAGUUUAUCGAUUGACCACGUUUCCACUAUAGUUCCUCUUCUAAUUUUCCCAAGGUGUUUUUUUUUUUUUUCUACUAGUUUUGAAAGAAUUGAACUUAUGCUAUUCAGAAAAUGUUUAUUUUAGCACAGUGGUUGCUGAAUUUAGAACCAGUAUCUAAAUAGAUGUAUUUAGACAGUUUGCAGUCUCAUCUUUAAUCGCUUGUUCUCCAUUAAACAGUUAUUAUAAUGUCAUAGGCGUAAAAUUACUUAAGAGUUAUUCUCAGCUUAUGAAAUGAAAACAUAAUUUUGGCGAUUCCCACUUCUGGGACCCUUACCAUUCAUGAGAAUCUGUUCUUAUUCCUGACUUAUUUGUUUUUCCAACUAAAUGUCUUGUAUGCCUCAAAAUGAUGCAAGAUUUUUUUUUCUGUGUGCUGUUCACCUCUAAGUAAAUGAAAUAGAGCACCAAAGAAGAGAAACAUGAGGCCUUAAUCCCUUUCCCAGAAUCCUUGGCUUGGAGGGACUCAGAUAGGCCUCUGACAAUAUGUUGACACUUGUAAUGUUGGCAGUAAAGUUGUAAUAGUUUAAUCCUAAUUUUAACUUAAAUGACUAAACAUUUUAAGGACUAGGACCAUAUACAGGAAUGAUGGGGUGAAGAUAUCAUCCAAAAUAGAAUUUCUUUCUACGAAGCUGAAUGUCAUUUCUGUGACAGUCUAUGUGUUUGUUAUUUUCCCCAUGGAAACCGAAUGUAACAUACCAGGGGUGUUUGGUUGCGAUGCUCUAUGACAGGAAGCACUCCUUAGCUUAAACUUUCUAGUAUGGAGCAUCGUGACUGGUCCAUAUCAAGACUCAAUAAUAUUUAGAUUUUGUACAUUAUUCUGCCAUUCUACCUGCAAUUACAAAGUGGGUUCAUUUCUUACAAAACAUCUGUUAUAAGUGGUGAAGAAAUUUCUAGAAGGGGUGGGUACUGGGGUUAUACUGUAAUAGAGCAUUUUUUGUAUGUACAGUAUGUAAUUCACUAGGAUUUUAGCAUAAAAAAAUUUGCUUCCUAAAGUCUGUUCUGAAUGUGUCGCAUAGCACAGACUUUAAAGCCAAAAGCUAAAGCAACAUGAGCAACAAGCAAACAAAAAACAAUUCACUUAAAAAUAAAAUUAUACCUUUGCCAAUGAUUUUACGCAAUGUUGCAGUUAAUGUAUCUUAAUAAUUUUAUAAUUAUUUCUGUGCUGUACCCAUUAAGGAAAUAAAACUUAAAACAUUUGAA